CUAUAGGCGCAUUUGCGUUUCUAAAGCACCCCCGCGCGGAGGGCGAGAAGAUAUUCGGCCUGCUUGCUGUGGAGAUUCCCAUCUGACUCAUUCGCCUUCUGUGUCGCUCUGGCUUGGCCUGGUCUACUCGCGCAUCUUUUCGCGGCAGCUUGAACGAGCACAACCACCCUUAAGGCAACGGACACGAUGCUGGUACCCAUGACUGCGAGGCGCCUCGCCCUCGCCCGCAGCGGCUCCCUCAUCGCGGCCUCUCCCCGCGCCCGCUUCCUCGCCACCGCCGCCUCCACGUCCAUCUUCCCUUCCUCGGACCAGCCCACACACCCGGCGCUGGUCAAGCCCGGCGGGCCCAUCCCUGGACCACUCUCGAUUGAAGCGUCCAAGGAGAUUGGAGGCUUCCAAGAGGACCGCGCCCACGCAUUCGUUGCCGACUAUGCCAGGUCCAAGGGCAAUUUCAUCGUCGAUGCAGACGGCAACGUCAUGCUCGACAUGUUUGCGCAGAUUGCGUCAAUCGCCCUUGGAUACAACCACCCAGACCUCGUCUCGCUGGCCCACUCGCCGGAAUUCGUCAUGGCCGCCACGAAUCGGCCGGCCAUCGGCAGCUUUCCCCCAGCCCAGUGGGCUUCGUGGAUCAACGACGGCGGCAUCGGCGAUGAGUGGGUCAAGCCCCGUGGACUCAACCAGGUCUUUACGGCCAUGUGUGGCAGCUGUGCCAACGAAAACGCCUACAAGGCCGUCUUUAUGGCCUAUCGCGCCAGGGAGAGGGGCGAGGGUGUGGCCUUCACCGACGAGGAGAUGACGAGCUGCAUGAAGAAUCAAGAGCCUGGCUCGCCCGACUUGAGCAUCCUCAGCUUCGAAAAGGGCUUCCAUGGACGGCUCUUCGGUUCGCUGAGCACGACGAGGAGCAAGGCAGUUCACAAGGUCGACAUCCCCAGCUUCGACUGGCCCGCUGUCCCUUGGCCAAACAUCAAAUACCCGCUCGCUGAGCAUGCUCGAGAGAAUGCAGAGGCCGAGGCCGCCACACUGGCGCGGGUCGAAGAGACGAUCGUUGCCUGGCGUCAAAAGGCGCCCGUUGCCGGUCUCGUCGUGGAGCCCAUCGCCUCCGAGGGAGGCGACCAGCACGCAAGCCCUUCCUUCUUCCGGGCCCUGCGCGAACUCACGCACAAGCUCGGCGUGUUCAUGAUCGUGGAUGAGGUGCAGACCGGCGUUGGCGCAACGGGCCGGCUCUGGGCGCACGAGGCGUGGGACCUCGAGAGGCCUGCCGACAUCGUCACGUUCAGCAAGAAGAUGCAAGCGGCUGGCUUCUACCACAACAUCGAGACGAGGCCCUCGGUGCCAUACCGCAACUACAACACCUGGAUGGGAGACCCAAUCAGGGCUCUCCAAGCACGCCAGAUCCUCCGCACCGUUCGCGCCUCGAAUCUGCUGGAGAACGUGCGCGAUGUUGGGUCGCACGUCUACUCGAAUCUUGAAUCGCUCUUUGCCGGCUCGGCCAUGUCGAACCUGCGCGGCGAGAACCAGGGAACCUUUAUUGCCUGGGAUCUGCCCUCGACAAAGGGCCGCGACGACUUUCUGGUCAAGAUGAGGAGGGACCAUGGGGUUCAUUUGGGCGGCUGCGGCGACAGCACAGUCAGACUGAGGCCGAUGCUGGUCUUUGAGAAGAAGCACGCAGACAUCUUCCUCCAGGCCGUCAGCGAGGUCCUCAAAAACAUGAAGUAGCCUGGAUGGUAGUCUGUUCUCGUGGACUGAGGAAUUCAGCUGAAAGGGGGUGUAUAUUAGCAUGCGUGGCUAUUCUAUCUUCUACAAGGUCAUCGUCCGAUUUUUUAUGUCUGAGCAAUCAAGCAAGCGCCGGAGGCAAGAGAGCGAGGAUGAGGGACCGGCGGAUCUACGCCCAGAUGGGGUCGACAAUCUCAGGCCCUUGUCCAACGGUGUGAACCUUGAAGCCGACUUGACGAAGCUUCUUGGGAUCGACGAUAGCGCGGCCGUCGAAGACGAAGGCAGGCUUCUUCAUCGAGGCGUAGAU